CUCCCUUAGAACACCAAGACACUCCGGAAAGAUCAACACAGACUCAGAGACUAGGAGCGGAACAGUAAGGGUAUAUUCAGUGGGACUGGCUUUAAGUCAACAUGGGUCAGCGGAUUGAUGAGCUGGAGAAACUCAGCUGGUUCCAUCCCAACCUCAAUCGUCACACUGCUGAAAGUAUGCUGAUGCAGAAUGCGAACAAUGGUAUCUACCUGCUCCGUGCAAGCUCCAAGGUUGGGGAGUAUGCCAUUUCAGUCAGAUGUGACCAGUCUGUGAAACACUUCAAUCUCACAUGGAAUGGCACAGAGUUCAAGUUUGGCCACGGGACAUUCAAGACAAUAAAGGACCUGCUGUUUCACUUUGACAACAAACCCCUGAUAGGGGGAGAGUCUGGUCAGUUGGUGCUCCUGACUCAGCCGUACCCACGAGACAUCGAGGAGCCCCAGAUGUACGAAUAUGUCACCGUACAUGCUGAACUCUCAUCUGCCGAUACCAAUGAUCGAAAGUCAGAUUUCUCGAUCAACUCAAAGGAAGGUUUCCUCACCAAGAUAGGAGCUCACUUCAAGACGUGGAGGACACGGUGGUUUGUACUGCAGAAACACGAGUUGAAGUAUUACAAGCAGAAUACAGACAAACACCCCAUACGAACGCUUGACCUCAAGCAUUGCACAGAAUGUAGCCGUGAUUUCUCCCACAAAGACAAGCAAUAUGUGUUCAGGUUGAAGUUUGACUGGCGGACAUUCUACAUUUAUGCCACAUCAGAGCAGGAGAUGAACGAAUGGAUGAAAGUGAUCAACUGGAGGCUUAAACCACGGACAUGAGAGGUGCAGGUUUCAAGGAAUGGCUGACUGCAUGAGUGGACUUUGUUGUGAGACAGCAUCGUCAGCUAGUCAUCUGCUCAUACAAGGGAGGGAGCUGCUGGUCAACUGUGACCUCUCCUUCACCUUGAAGCAUGGUUGUGGGCUUUAUGGCUAUAUAUGUUACCAUGGCGACACAAGUCUGCUACACUCCAUUACCAUGGUUCUGCAGCAUACUGUAUGUUUAUUAGAUUAUGAUAAAUACCUGGAUUUCAUUCAUCACCAAAGCUUUUGUUCCAGAUGUGAAGUUCCCAGAGGUUGAAAUUAACAACCAAUCCAAAUGCCCUUUCUUAACAUUCAUUUGUAUGAGUGAGUCGUUGAUAGAUUAAACACAGUCAGAAGGCUGUUUAUCCUGAA